AUGUCGUUCGUAACAGCCAAGUCGCGCUUUACAAGGCUUGAUGCCUUCACCAAGACCGUUGAUGAGGCGCGCAUCCGGACCACCAGCGGCGGCGUUGUCACCAUCGUGUCGCUACUCGUCGUCGUCUUCCUUGCUUGGGGAGAAUGGGCAGAUUACCGCCGGGUCGUGAUACACCCGGAGCUUAUUGUCGACAAGGGACGAGGUGAACGAAUGGAAAUCCACCUCAACAUCACCUUCCCCAAGAUGCCCUGCGAGCUCUUGACUCUGGACGUCAUGGAUGUCUCCGGCGAGCAGCAGCACGGCGUCAUGGCCGGAGUCAACAAGGUCCGCCUCCAGCCCCAGGCUCGCGGCGGCUCCGUCAUCGACGUCAAGUCCCUCGCCCUCCACGACGAGUCGGCCGACCACCUCGACCCUCAGUACUGCGGUGGCUGCUACGGCGCCCCGGCACCCGCCAAUGCGAAGAAGGCCGGCUGCUGCAACACCUGUGAGGAGGUCCGAGAGGCAUACGCCUUGGCUUCGUGGGCUUUCGGCCGUGGCGAGAACGUCGAGCAGUGCGAGCGCGAGAACUACGCCGAGAAGCUGGACGCCCAGCGCGAGGAGGGCUGCCGUAUUGAGGGUAGCCUGCGCGUGAACAAGGUCGUGGGCAACUUCCAUCUCGCUCCCGGCCGCAGCUUCAGCAACGGCAACAUGCAUGUGCACGACUUGAAGAACUACUGGGAUGUGCCUGAGGGCAAGUCGCACGAUUUCACCCACACCGUCCACUCUCUGCGCUUCGGACCUCAACUGCCCGACGAGGUCACUCGCCGCAUUGGCUCCAAGGCCGCCCUGCCCUGGACUAACCACCACAUGAACCCCCUCGAUGGCACCCACCAGGACACCAAGGACCCCAACUUCAACUUCAUGUACUUUGUCAAGAUUGUGCCCACCUCGUACUUGCCCCUCGGCUGGGACAGCUCCGCCCUCAAGCUUGGCGGCUUGCUGCAGGAUGAGAAGACUGGCCUGGGAGCCUAUGGUACUUCUGACGACGGCAGCCUUGAGACUCACCAGUACUCCGUCACUAGCCACAAGCGAAGCCUGGCUGGAGGCAACGACGCGGCUGAGGGUCACGCCGAGCGCCUCCACUCCCGUGGUGGUAUCCCCGGUGUCUUCUUCUCCUAUGAUAUCUCGCCUAUGAAGGUCAUUAACCGCGAGGAGAGGGCGAAGAACUUUAGCGGUUUCCUGGCUGGUCUCUGCGCCAUUGUCGGUGGAACUCUGACCGUGGCUGCUGCGGUUGAUCGAGGAUUGUUCGAGGGCGCCGCACGUCUGAAGAAGCUUCGAUCCAAGGAUCAGUAA